AGUUCAGAUUGUUAUAUACCUUAGAACUAGCGAGAACAUACAAAUAAUUUUAUAAAAAUAUUUCGAUUUCUUUUUGAUCGCUAGCCAAAGCAUCGUCGAGCGUAAAUUUCUUGUACAUAUUUAUUAGUUAAAGCCAAAAAAUAUUUAUUCGCUAUGAAUCCAUCGAACUUGGGCAAACAGAAUGGAGCUUUAGUAUUGGAGGUACUCCAGGUGCUUGGGCGGCCGGCCACCAUUGAGGAGGUAUCUCAGCGUGUGGCCAAUAUAUAUAAAGUGGCCCGUAAACGUAUUCAGCCUGUUGUUGGUGAUAUUCUUGCGGCUGGUGUGCAUCAGGGUUUCUUUAGCUGCCGAAACUAUCAGUACUCAAUUGUCCAGCUAACUAUUGAUCAGUUGCGCCAAGAUAUCGAUAAGUAUGUGGAUGAAAUGCUAUCACUGGACUGUCGAGAUGAGGAAGUGCUGCCGCAGCCAUCUCCGCUGAUGAUUAAGCUGGAGCAAUUGGACGGAUCGCCGCCAAUAUCGCCGCCAUUCGUGCUAUCGCCUUCACCUUCAUCUGGGGAGCUGCGCGAGCGUACGCCCCCUGGAGAUGCAUCAUCGGCAGUUGCCACAUAUUGAUUGACACUCUGAUUGACACUGCUGCCCUUUUGACUAGCUUUUUCAAUGUAUUUCUCAAGAUAUCUGUUUUUAAGUGUAAAUUUGACAGCACAUGGGAAAACCUACACAAGUGCAGUGGAGUUCAGUCCAGUGCAAUAAACUCUCGACCAGGGCAGUCCAGUAU